GUGGCCACGGUCCCAAUGUAGUGCCAACAUGGUAAACCGGGAAAUCGAAACUUAACUUCGUUGGAGCUGUUUGACAGGGUGUAGUAGCCUAGUCUACGUUUCAUGAUUCACAGCUUCUCUGCUCUUUAUGAAGUCCGCUCUGCUCUGCGAAUCCAGUGUUAAAAUAACGACUGAACUUUGAAGAAUGCAUCAGCAAUCUUACCACAGUCCGAGACUACCAUUUACUGGUGCAAUCAAGGGUGGUCUUCGUGAAGGAAAGACCAUCACUGUCACUGGAAGAGUGCUUCCCGGUGCGGAAAGAUUUCAGGUGGACUUUAUGUGCGGCUCAGACAGAGCCCUCCACUUCAACCCACGAUAUGGCAGAUCAAGUUACAUUGUGUGUAACACCUUGCAAGGAUCGAACUGGGGUAGUGAGGAACGCAAAACACCAUCACCAAUUGCCCUCGGGGCUAACUUCACCCUGAUAUUCUUGGUCAACCACGACUCCUAUUCGAUUGUUGUGAACGGUGCCCAUUUCAUGGAGUACAAGCACCGCAUCUCUGCCACCAGGGUCCAAAGCAUCUUCAUUGAUGGAGGAGUGGAGAUAUAUUCAAUUGCCUUCCAGAAUCCUGCAGGUCCUACUUGUCAGAGUCCUUUUCAGAGUCCCUCUAAUCCUGCUCAGUAUACAGUGUUUCAAGUCACUCAAAGUCAUCCAAAGUCUCAGAGCCGCAGGGGAAGAAAUAAACCACACUUCUUCCAAGAAGCUGCUGCUGUUGCCCAUGCAGCCUCCUUCCAAAUGGCUCCACCACCAUACAGCCCUCCCCAGGCUUACACUGUACCAUACAAGACUGUUAUUCAAGGCGGAUUAUAUCCUGGUAAAAACAUCACCAUUCAGGGUGUCCCAAACCAACAAGCUGACAGGUUCUGCAUCAACCUGCAGUUUAACUCGGGCAUAGCCCUCCACUUCAACCCCAGGUUCAAAGAAAACACAGUGGUGCGCAAUAGUCACCUGAAUAAUAAGUGGGGACCUGAGGAGAGGUCCGGGGGGAUGCCUUUCCACUGCGGACAGCCAUUCACGGUGAUGUUUGUGUGCGACACCCAGUGUUACAGGAUAAUUGUCAAUGGCAUCCAGAUGUUCACCUACAACCACCGGCACUUCAGCCACGAGCAGACGGACAUUGUGGAGAUCUCUGGGGACGUGAGCUUGUCCUCUGUGCAAGUUUGAUGUCUAUGCUGAACCGCAGCAUCUUCAAAAUGUUUGUGUUGUGUUGAGUCCCACACAUAAUUAGCAGCAAUUGUAAUUACAGUUUCUUCUCACAUAGCCUAGUUCUGCUAGGGCAUAUAUGAUGGAAAUAAAUGUGAAUGACAAUUGA